UCUUGCUGUUAGACAAACAGUCAACUAAGAGACAAUAUCCAAACAUGUUUAAGAUUAGCAGUUCUAUCUUUGUGCUAGCACUCCUCGGCAGUUGCUGUGCACAAUACCAAUACCCAAACUCAGGUGCCACUGGUGUGGCAGGGGCCUCUGGAGUCGCUGGGGGGUCUUCUGCAUCAGGCGCUCCAGCUGGAGGAGUCAGCAAUCGCAUUAUUGGCUUGAAUGGUCUGUUAGGUGGAGGCGGAGGUGGUGGCUUGUUUAGCAAUCUCUUGGGUGGCCUGCUCGGUGGUGGACGUCAACCUUUGGGACAGGCUUAUCCAGCUCCUCCGCUAGUGCCAUCAUACGGCGGCGGCUAUCUCGGUUACCCAGGCUAUGGAUACGGCGGUGGUCUCGGUAAUCUCGGUGGUUACUCCGGCUACUAUCCAGGUGCCCCAUUUGGUGGUGGCGGCUUUGGACCCGGUUACGGCAACUACUAUGGCUAAUACGUCAACUAAUUGGGGCCCACAAAGUCUACUGAAGUAUUAUUUAAAUGACUAUCUUGCCAUGUUAUUAAUGUGUAGCUAUAAGUUUGUUGACAAUA